GGAGAAAGUCGACACAAGAUGGCAUAGCAACGGAGCGAACCGUUGGAAACACGGGGGUGUAGACGGAGGAAACGGGCACGAGGAAGAGCCACACUCUCUGGAACUUGCAUGCUUGGUAUGCACUUCCUUACGAGCAGGUGGAAUCAGGAAGUCUGCUUGCAACAGAGCCAGGGAAUCCAGUUUCAGCACUCACCUCAGGUAGGCUCAUCUGCAAAAGACAUGUCUCAAGACAGGUUAACCAACACAAAACAUACAAUGGCAGUCAUUGGCGUGGUGGAGGAAUGGGAGUCCUUGAAAUCUUUGCUCCAGAACAGCUCUGGAGAUAAAUGUUUCCAGUCUACCUUUAGCUCUCCGGGGUCCAAACAAGUCUGUGACUUGGCGAUGGAUUGGCUCUCGAUCAGCUUGCACUACAAGGAUUUCAAAGAAGACAUGCCAGAUGAGGCCAUUGGUGAGAUCAUUGAUGGCUGCUUCAAGUCUUGCGAAGGUGGAAUCAGCGCAUUUUUACUGUUGAUCCAAGGCGGCUUUUACACGAAAAGGGAGAGAAGGAAGGUUGAGAUCCUGCAGUCGCACUUCGGAGCAGAGGCUUUGAGAUUCCUCGUCAUUCUCUCUGUGGAAGACGGGAAAGUCACCGAUACGCUGGAUGACACCCUGCUGGAUUUGAUAAACAUGUGUGACGGCAGAUAUUGUCGCAUCACAUCGUCCACAGCAAACGGCGGUCUGCAUGCAUUGGUCGAGAUGGUGAACAACGUCCGCAGCGAAAACAGCGAAGCCGGUUAUACAGAAGCCAUGCUGGAGAAAUCUAAGAGACGGUGUUUGGAGGAUUCGGCCAUGAACAUGCUAAAGCAGAAGGCGCAAGAGGCGGAGGAGAAAGAACAGGUUUUUAUGGAGAAGGUAAGAAGAGAGGAGGAGAGAAGAACCAAGGAAAUGGAGGACCUGAAGAUAAGACAUGCAGAGGAAAGGAGGAAGGAGGCAGAGGAAAAAAGACAACAUGAAACAGACAGAGAGAAUAUUCAGGAGGCAAUGAUGAGCCACAGGUCUUUGCUGCAGCUGCAGGCAAAACCGCCUGAUGGUGAUAAGACAAAGAAGAUGUCUGUCGUUCUGUUGGGCCUCACUGGCAGUGGGAAGUCCUCUGCUCUCCAUCUGAUCCUAAACAGAGGUGCCAAUCUAUACUCGCUCAUUAGCUCCUGUCACGACCAGACCCAGCCAACCAUGUCCUGCGAGAAAAAGGAGCUCUUCACUGGUGGGAAGCGGCUUGUUCUAGUGGACACCCCUGAACUCUGGGAUGAAGACGGGGUUGAGAACACGGAGCUAGUGAAAGACUGCCUGGCCUUGACCUUACCUGGACCCCAGGUCUUCCUGCUGGUGCUCCAGGUGGGCCGCUUCACCCAGGGGGAGAGCGAAAUGCUCGCACAUGUCCAGAGGAUCUUUGGGCGGGAGGUGGCAGAGCACGCCAUUGUCUUGUUCGUUCAUUUCGACAGCAACCAGCCCAGGCCUUUUAGGAUCAACGACUACGUGGCCAGAGCCCACCCGACCCUGCAGGAUCUUGUUCGGAAGUGCGGGAGCCGAUUUUAUGAGCUGAAUGUCACAAGGUCUCAGAGUGCUUUGAGUUACUCCCAGGUAAGGGAGCUGCUCUCGGGGAUCGACAAGCUGGUGGCGUCGCACGGGGAGCGAGCGUACAUGGUGAAGAGGUUUUCCUUACAAGAGCUCCAGGAAAGAAAUAAUGUGACUGCAGAGAAAAAAGAAGGAGCAUUUUUAUUAAGAGAUAGUUAAUUCCCCCCACGUAUUGAAGUGAAAAAACCUAUACAUUAGAAACCUGGAGUAAAGUUCCAAAAAAAAGGCCCAUGUACCAAUAGACAUAUAUAUUAGUUCAAAGCUGUGCAUAAAUAAAGCUUUACUUCUGACCUAAUGAGAAACCUAAUUGCAUUGGUAGAUGCAUGACUUCUUUAAAGGAACAAUAUUAGGUGAAAUCAACUUUUUUUUAACUUUACAAUGUUAUUAACUCAUCAAAAACAUACCUGGAGUGUUGCUUUGAUUCUUUUGUGCAUGUCUUGAGAAUUUUUUUAAUCUCCAUGGCAACCAAUCAGCUGUGCAAAAUGCCUGGUUGGACCUAGCUCCGCCUUCACGGACGAAGCUCCGCCUCCGGCUGCUUUAUGAGGCUUCUGCGUCAUAAAGGAGACUUCCCCACUCAGCUCCUUCAGACUAGCCAGCAGCAAUUAGCAAACAUGCGUCUGCUGGGUUCAUCAUAUGAGCUGUGUCUCAGUGCAACGCUGGUAAAAACGUUGUUAAACGGUUAAAAGAGCAGCCACGUUGUGGUGACAUUCUGAAGGCCGUGUUCCAGAAAAAGCAGGAGUUUUUAAAGAUACUCAACCUUUUACAGAAACUAAACUACAAAGUCAAAUUUGAUCAUAUUUGACAAAUACAUCAUUUUUAUAACAACUGAAGGUAACAGUUACUUGAUUGUGCUAUAAAAUGGCGCUGUGUGGCUGGAGAACACAUGUCAAUUAAUCAAGUUUAUUUGUACAGCACAUUUCAGCAACAAGGCAGUUCAAAGUGCUUUACAUCAUGAUAUCGCCCCUUUAACUUUCUAGCUGCUACCGGUUUCCAGCAGGUUUUCUAAAUGUUGGAUAAGCAACAGAAAUGUAUCUCUAAAGGAGGAAAUGUCACCAAAAUCAGCUUUAAAUAGUUUUUUUUUUAAAAUGUAAGCUACCUGUAAUGACAGAAGAAAAGUGGAAACAUGUAAUGGUGAUGGUUUGUUUGGCUUGUCUAAGUAACAGAACUCACAAUAUUAGUGUGCAUGUCUACAGAGCCGAGAAGGGAGGGAACAAUAAAGUACAUCUGCUCCUCA